AGGGCCGGAGCGAGGGAGUCAUACUGAGGUAAAGGGAGUCUAAUGUUCCCGUUAAUCUUUUAGCAGCCCCCCCCCGCCCCCCCAAAAAAGACAGAAUUCGGGUUGUUCCGCGCUUACUCCAGCGGAUCCUACUGAGGACUGAGAAUGGCACGUGAGGCGUGAAGAGCAGCCACCAUGAUUGGAGGACUGUUCAUCUACAAUCACAAGGGGGAGGUACUGAUCUCCCGUGUGUACCGCGAUGACAUAGGGAGGAAUGCGGUGGACGCGUUCCGUGUGAAUGUGAUCCAUGCCCGUCAGCAGGUGCGCUCGCCCGUCAGCAACAUCGCACGCACCAGCUUCUUCCAUGUGAAGCGCUCCAACAUCUGGCUGGCGGCCGUCACCAAGCAGAACGUCAACGCCGCCAUGGUGUUCGAGUUCCUCUACAAGAUGUGCGAUGUGAUGGCGGCCUACUUCGGCAAGAUCAGCGAGGAGAACAUCAAGAACAACUUUGUCCUCAUCUACGAGCUUCUGGAUGAGAUUCUGGAUUUUGGAUAUCCUCAGAACUCGGAGACCGGAGCACUGAAGACGUUUAUUACGCAGCAGGGCAUUAAGGGUCAGCAUCAGACGAAGGAGGAGCAGUCUCAGAUCACCAGCCAGGUGACGGGGCAGAUCGGUUGGCGUAGGGAGGGCAUUAAAUACCGCCGUAACGAGCUUUUCCUGGACGUGCUGGAGAGUGUCAACCUGCUCAUGUCCCCGCAGGGUCAGGUGCUGAGCGCGCACGUGUCGGGUCGCGUGGUGAUGAAGAGCUACCUCAGUGGGAUGCCCGAGUGCAAGUUCGGCAUGAACGACAAGAUCGUCAUCGACAAGCAGGGGAAAGCCGCCGCGGGCGACGACACCGGGAAGAGCAGCGGAAAGCAGUCCAUCGCCAUCGACGACUGCACCUUCCACCAGUGUGUCCGUCUCAGCAAGUUUGACUCAGAGCGCAGCAUCAGCUUCAUCCCCCCAGACGGCGAGUACGAGCUCAUGAGGUAUCGCACCACUAAGGACAUCAUCCUGCCAUUCCGCGUCAUCCCGCUGGUCCGCGAGGUUGGGCGCACCAAGCUGGAGGUCAAAGUUGUCAUCAAGUCCAACUUCAAACCAUCCUUACUGGCACAGAAGAUUGAGGUGCGCAUCCCCACCCCUCUGAACACGAGCGGCGUCCAGGUGAUCUGCAUGAAGGGCAAAGCCAAGUACAAGGCCAGUGAGAAUGCCAUCGUGUGGAAGAUUAAGCGCAUGGCUGGAAUGAAGGAGUCUCAGAUCAGCGCUGAGAUCGAGCUGCUGCCCACCAACGAUAAGAAGAAGUGGGCUCGUCCUCCCAUUUCAAUGAACUUUGAGGUUCCGUUCGCUCCAUCUGGUCUGAAGGUUCGCUAUCUGAAGGUGUUCGAAUCCAAGCUGAACUACAGCGACCAUGACGUCAUCAAAUGGGUUCGCUACAUCGGCCGCAGCGGCAUCUACGAGACGCGCUGCUGACCACGUGACUAGCUGUCUCCCGUCCCACACUUUCCCUCUGAGAUAGGUGGAUGAGUUAAACUAAACAAACAGUAGAGAAUUAUGCAAACGUGAACCGUGUCCUGUGUGUAUGAACAGUUAUAAUGGAGAGAGAGAAAGAGAGAGUUAUAGAAUAAGGGUGUGUCCCAAACGCUAAUUAACAUCCUAGUGAUAUGACGCUGUGUGAGCGGACUUCCUCACUAUCACUCGGAUGUUAUGGUGCGUAGGGCGGAAGCGGUGCAGUGCUGUGAGGAUCGAUGUGAUGUGUAAUGUUCUCUCUCUCUCUCUCUCUCUCUCUCUCUCUCUCUUUGUCUGAUAUUGCUGUCUCUAACAGUAAACGUAUAUACAAAUAUAUUAAAAAAUGCAAAACUG